UUCGUCGCACUCACGAAUUUAUCUGUUCGGUGUUAUCUAAUAACUGACGGUAGUGUUGUGAAAUUCAUGUUUGAUUGAUAUGUUACAAUAACAUAAAGCUUUUCAUAGUAAUAAAUCGAUAGUAAGUGCAAAGUGUCGUUGAAAAAAAGAUGUCCCGCGCUCAGGAUGCGAUUGCCUUAUUGCGGGCUCUCAAGCUAGUCGCAGAAGCAUCGGUAAAAACUCAAAAUGCCUACGCUCGUCACCUGUGGGCCAAUUCGAGCGUCCGGGAACUACUGGAGCAACAGCUUCGGCAGGGUGAAGAUUCAGUCAAGAAGAUACUGCAGAAUCCAACCGAGGAACUGGAAAAGGCAGGCGGACUGUUAAAGGAUACACUGGAACGAACAGCGGUGGUAGCGGAAGGACUGAAACAGCUGACGGCGAUGGCAGUGCCGAAAGUAAGCGGUCUUCAAGGAGGAUCGUCAAGUUUUGCGAGCGGAGAAUCCAGUGCCGGACAGGAAACUGGAGCGACCGGUGACAGACCGUCGGAUAUUGGAAACCUGGACAUAUCCAAAAUAACGCUCAAAGAACUAGAAGCAAUUCUAUCUGAACAUAACAAAAACCGACAGAUUAACCUCACCUUCGAAGGCGACAAACGUAAAGCCACUAUACCCGAAAAAUGUCCGGAUCCAGUCGUAACGGUGGACAGUCAAGCCAAACCACCUACAAGCAAGCCUUCACAGUCGGUAACGGCUGGUGAAAAGCAGGUUGAACAAAUGAUGAAAAUCGUCUCGUCAUACGAUUCAUUAAAACCUACAGAAAAGUCCUCUUCGCCCGCGGCAGCAGCUGCAGCAGCAGCCAUCGAUCUACCUCAGCUUAGUGUCGUUGCGAAACAGCGCAAAGUUCCGUCGUCCCGAAUGGCUCGGUUAGCCUCGUUCGGUACCCUAUUUGCCGGAUUGGGUAUCGGUACUGUAAAUGAAUUAGCUAAGGGUGCGCUCGGUCUGGGAGGUACCCUGGAUGCUAAGGAAGCCCUUUUCAGCCCCAGUAAUGCGGAAAGAAUUGUGGAUACGCUGUGCAAAGUUCGGGGAGCGGCUCUCAAGCUAGGACAAAUUCUCAGCAUACAGGAUUCGAACAUUGUCUCGCCGCAGCUUAUAAAAGCGUUCGAAAGAGUUCGUCAGGCCGCAGACUAUAUGCCCGAUUGGCAGGUUGAGGAACAGUUGGUCGGUGGGUUGGGAGUUGACUGGAGAAAAAAGUUGGCCAGUUUCGAUCAGAAACCUUUCGCAGCAGCUUCUAUCGGACAGGUGCAUCGUGGCGUACUGCACGACGGGACGGAGGUUGCUAUCAAAGUUCAGUAUCCGGGAGUAGCGAAGAGCAUCGAAAGCGACAUCGAUAAUCUGGUCUCGAUGCUCAAAGUGUGGGAUGUUUUUCCAGCUGGGUUCUUCAUCGACAAUGUGGUGACGGUUGCGAAGCGAGAGUUGGCCUGGGAAGUGGACUACCACAGAGAGGCCGAGUAUACAGAUCGCUUCGGAGAAAUGAUACAACAUAUGCCGGAAUUUCGGGUACCUAAGGUAAUAACGGAAUUGACGUCGGCCAACGUACUUACAACGGAGUUGGUUCCCGGUGUCCCCAUGGAUAGGUGUCUCAGUAUGAGCCAGGACCACCGCGAUCACAUCGCACGUUCGGUUAUGAAGCUGUGCCUUAACGAGUUGUUUACUUUCCGCUGUAUGCAGACGGAUCCCAAUUGGUCCAAUUUUCUAUACGACAGUGAAACGCGAAAGAUCAUGCUAAUAGACUUCGGUGCAACACGGUUCUAUACUAAAACUUUCAUGGAUGACUACAUGCGGGUUAUUCAGGCAGCCACUAGAAAUGAUCGACAGAGUAUACUCGAGCUGUCGCGCAAAAUGGGUUUCCUUACCGGCUAUGAAUCGGUAGCUAUGGAGAAAGCCCACAUCGAUGCCGUAUUGAUUUUAGGCGAAGUGUUCAGCGUCGACGGCGAGUUUGAAUUUGGGCGACAAAAUACAACCAAAAAGAUUGCUUCUCUCGUUCCGGUUAUGGUCGCGCACCGUUUAUGCCCUCCGCCGGAGGAAAUCUACUCGCUACACCGGAAGUUGUCGGGAGUCUUUCUGCUGUGUGCUAGAUUGAACGCAAAAAUAGACUGUAAACCACUGUUUGCCGAAGUUUCGGGAAAUUAUACUUUUGGAUGAAUUUGACUAAAAA